AUGCAAUUACUAGUAUCAUUGCGUAUUGGAGCGCUGCUCCUCUGGAGCAUGGGAGUUUUGGUAGCAGGCGAUUUAAAAUGUGCAGAAAGACCUUACCGUGUCGUUUGCUACCUGGCCAGUUGGGCCAACUACCGGGAGGGAAGUGGUUCAUUCAAUAUCUCGUACAUCGUACCGGACCACUGCACGCACCUAGUUUACACAUUUGCUGGAUUGAAUAUCGGCGGGGGAAUCGAUUCUCUCGACUAUAUGAAUGAUAUCAACGUUAAUAAGGGUUACCAGAGGUUUGUUUCCCUGAAGGAGGAGAACCCAUGUCUGAAGGUCAUGCUUGCCAUUGGCGGUUGGAACGAGGGUUCGGAGAAGUAUUCGCUGAUGGCAGAGCAGGAAUCCACCCGGGAAGCAUUUGCCGAUCAGACGCUCCGCUACCUAAUACACUACGGUUUCGAUGGAUUGGAUCUAGACUGGGAGUAUCCAACGAUGCGUGGUGGGAUCCCGGAGGAUCGUGACAAUUUCGUACUGCUCGUGCAAACGUUGCGCAAGCGCUUUAGCCCACGCAAGAAGCUGCUGACGGCGGCCAUCAGUGCAUCGAAGCAGAUCCUAGCGGCGGGCUACGAUCUGCCGAAGCUUUGCGACGAGCUCGACUUCAUCAACCUGAUGACCUAUGAUUACGCCAGCAACGAGAAGACCGCACUGGAUGCACCCCUUUUCACUGACUAUAAUUCUCCCGGUGAAACGAUUGACUCAACCAUCGCGUACAUCAGCAAGAGUGGCUGUCCGAUGAGGAAAUUCUCGCUGGGCAUAACAACGCACGCCAAGACGUACACGGUGGUGCCGGCUCGGCUGAUGGCACCAGGGAUAAAGGCUACCGGUCCCGGUCUUCCCGGACCGUACACGGUCAGUCCGGGUUCGCUCGGGUACAAUGAACUGUGCGAGAUGCUGAAGACUAACCGCACGACGUCGGCACCCGGUCAACCGGCCGGUUCGGUGUGGACGGUGAAGGCGAUGGCGCAGAAUGCCGUCAAGUACGCUUACCGGGACGACCAGUGGGUCACUUUCGAUGGCGUGGAGACGAUCGGCGCCAAGGUGCAGUACGCGAUGGACAAGAAGCUCGGUGGGAUAAUGUUUUGGACGCUCGACACGGACGACUUCCAGGGCGACUGUCACAACGAGGCGUACCCGCUGCUCCAGACCGCACUUCGGACGCUCGGUUACGUGAAGAAACCGUAG